AUGCAGCCCUCCGCGCGACAGCAGGAGCUCGAGCGCCUGUACAACGCACGAAGGGGGCAUGCGCCCCAGAUCAGCAUAUCCGACGACAGCCACCACAUCACCGAAGCGAUCGGCAGCUACUACGACCACGAUGAACCCCUCUCCCCUCCAGCAAACGGCAACCCGCGCCCCUACAGCUUCGUAAGCUCGCCGGCGGAUCAGAUAGACGCCAGGGCUUCUAAGACGAGCAGGCGCAACGGGAGCUACUUUGACAUGAACCGCGCGAGUCCGCCGCGGGUGCCGUUGGGGAGGAAGGAGUCGAACGAGCAGACUCCGGUGGAGAGGGAUGGUGGGAGCAUCAGUCCGAAGGGAGCGAAGAGGAUGAGCAGUCGGGGGUCGGAGAAUGGGAGUCCCAAUGGGAACGGGUCGCCUGGGAGUCCACCGAGAUUGAGUCGGCAGUCGAGCACGGAUGCGACGAUGCAGUCGUUUCCGCUGAACGACAUCGACUAUGAGUCCAGCCCGGCGGCUGUCGCGCAGGAGUUGAGCAAUCUGCAGGCGAUCCGGCGCAUGUCUAUGAAUGUGGACGCUUCCGAUCCGGACUUGCCUUCGUUUGGCGGCGUUGUGCCUACGGUGGCCCCGAGCAAUACGGAGGAUGAUGAUGACACAUCGCGAUUGUUCUGGGUGCCUGCGCGGCUACAUCCUGAGCUCGCGCCGAAGGAAUUCAAGACGUUCAUUGAGGACAAGGUGGACCGAAUACGAAGGAGGUCAGGCGAUUCGGACACGCUGUCCGUGGACGGCUUGGAGCGGCAAGGCUCGGGUAGCAGUCUGCGGAGGAAGAAGAGCAUGCUGUCGCACCAGAUAGACACGAAGGGGGACUACCAAGACGGCGCAGACAGACUGGAGCGGAAGAGGUCAAAACGAAUGUCAGUAGAAGGGCAGGCGCCGGUCGAGCUGUCAGAGUUGGAGCACAUGGUCAGUGAUCCGGCGCAGUUGAUCCGACGAAUGAGUCUGGACACUGUGAGAAGAUCGCAGGAUUCGGGAGUGGAGGUUCCGGCCAGCGAGGACAUGCCGAUGCUACCCCCGGUCGGGCAGUCGUUGAAGCGGUCAACACGCACGACGUACAGGAGAGGCAGUCUGAAGAAGGGCGAGCGGGUGCCGUUUUCGAGACGUGCGGCACACCGACAUUCUGAACCAGAGUCAGACGACUCGUCUACGCAGCCUACGACAGUUGCUGGUGCGGACGAGCCAAUAAUGGGUUUGACCAGAGUGCAGACGGAACCUACACCACCACCUGAGCGUGGGGCGAGGGACACUUUCCCUUCCAGGACAGAGGCAAGCCUGCGGUGGCGGGAACAGCACCAGGGAGCUGCGCAGACUACAGACGACAUCUCGACUCGCUCGACACCUGAAGAAAGACCUAGCGCCAGACCUCCUGCUCCGCCACCUGAAAAGACUGAGCAACAACCGCCUCGUCCACAGCACAAGCAGUUUCAAUCUCGACUUGCCUCUGGACCUGGCCGGACAACUGCUCAAUUACCCGGAUACACGAACACCAAUCCUUUACCGAAUAUCAUCGAGACCUUGCCGGAUGGCACGAAAGUGCCUGUUGCUGGACUCGUACAGCAAACACCGGAGCGCAAGUCUUCUCACGAGCUGAUUCGACCAUUCCAACGUGGUGGAGCGCACAUGCGACCUGUGCCUGGGAGAGAACAUCAUAGGUCAUCCACCCUGGACGAUAUUUCUGGCCAUCCUUCACCGCUUCCUGGCAGCGGCACCACCAGGACAGAUGACCUCACGAUGGUACCAACGUUCGAGGACCGGAAAGCGGAGAAGAAGGAUGGCUCGCGGAAAAGCAGCUGGAAGUGGAUCCUCGGGAAUGACGAAGAGAAAGAGAGAGCGAAGGAGGAGAAGCAGGCUUCGGACACGGCCAGCAUCAAAUCUUCGAAGAGUAGCAAGCUCUCCAAGCCUUCUGGCGACAAGGCGAGAUUGGAUGUCUUACAAAACUCCAUCGAGGGCAACGUGCCUCCGCGAGGUCGCGAGAGCAUAGUGCUCAACCGCGAAGACCUCAGGCUGGACGAAGAGCGGAAGAAGGAGAGCAAAAAGAUUUCCGAGUCCAAGAAGGACAGGGACAAGGAGUCUAGAGAUUCGGGUCUCCUCUCUGCCAUCUUUGGCGGCGGCAAGAAGAAGACUUCCGACGGCGACUUGAAGCAGAAACACCGCAAAUCCGACCGCAACAGCUCUCCGGAUCCUAUCAUUCGGAUCCUCAAACCGGACAUCGACUACAACUGGACUCGCUUCAGUAUCCUGGAAGAGAGGGCCAUAUAUCGCAUGGCGCAUAUCAAGCUCGCUAACCCCCGGCGCGCGCUGUACAGUCAGGUGCUGCUGAGCAAUUUUAUGUACUCGUACUUGGCGAAGGUGCAGAUGAUGCAUCCGCAGGUGCAGAUCCCGCCGGCGCAUCAGCAGAAGCAGAGGCGGCAACAACAGCAGCAGCAGGAAGAGCAGCAGCAGCAGCAAAACCAGCCGGUGGAGUAUAGUCAGUACCAGCGGUGGCAGCAGCAACAGGAGCGUGAGGCAGCCGCGAAUAGUAAUAACAACCCUCAGCACCAACAGCAGCAGCAACAGCACGCUCCCAACCAAAAACGCACGAGCCUCGACAUCGCCACCGGCGCCGGCGCGCCGCAACACCAUUCCCAGCACCAACAGUACCAGCAGCACCAGCAGCACCAGCAGCGCACAAGCUACGACCCAGACUCCGACUCCUCCGCGGGCUACGACCCGCGCAGCUCGGAAGAAUACGAGUACGACCAGCAUCAACAUCAGCAACAACAGCAACAGCAACACCAUCCCUCAUACCAGCCACAUCAGCCGCCGAGCCGCAACGGGGUCGGGACAGCGCGGGGUAGUGGUGGUGGAGGAGGGGGGUAUAGUGUAGCGGGCACGCACGAUUAUCUUGGGUAUCCGAAGGAGCAGCAGGGGUUUGGCGGGGGGGAGAGGGGGUUGUGGGAUGAUGAUGAUGAGGGGAGGGGGGGGAGGGAGGAGCUGUGGUGA